AUCAGCUCGCGCGCUGCUUCGUGCCACUCCUCCUUUUCUCCUUUCUUUCCUCAUCUUCCAUCACAAACACCUCAAGAUCAGCGAAAGCAAACCUUGCACCCGCCGUCAAUACCUCCCCCGUACCUAGGGCACGAAGCUACCCUUAAAACUUCCCCCCGCAUUGUUCCCAGAGUUCAACUUUUGAACCCAAGCACAACGUCGACACCCAAGUUUUGACACCCAACGCCCCACGGUUCCCACGCCGCCUUUCUGUGCCAGUUCGCAAGAAAGCAACCUACCAACCGUUCAAAAUGUCUGCUCCCGUCGAGAACGUUCCCGUUGACGCUGCCGUCAGCGAAGUCACCACUGCUCUGGCCGAUACUAGCAUCUCUGGCAAGGCCGACACCAAGGCCAACGAUGACAACCAUGCCAGCGCUGUCGAGGGCCGCCGACUCUACAUCGGCAACCUCGCCUACGCCACAAGCGAGGGGAAGUUGAAGGAGUUCUUCAAGGGCUACCUUGUUGAACGCAUCUCAAUUCCGAAGAACCCGCGCACCGACCGCCCCGUCGGCUACGCUUUCGUCGACCUCUCGACCCCCAACGAGGCUGAGCGUGCCAUCGCUGAGCUGUCGGGCCAGGAGAUCCUCGAGCGCAAGGUCUCGGUUCAGCUCGCUCGCAAGCCCGAGCCGAGUCAGCCAAAGGAGGAGGGCGCCAACGGUGAGGGCGCUGAGGGUACCCGUCGCACCCGGUCUACCCGUGGCCGUGGUCGCGCUAGCCGCGGCCGUGGCGGUGCCGGACGUGCUGGACGCUCCGAGGAUGACAAGGAGGAUGGUGCCGCAGAUGCCUCCGCUACGGAGGCCGCGGCUGCCGAUUCCGACAAGCCUCUGGGUGAUAUCACUAACAAGGCCGCUGAGGGCGACAAGGAGGACAAGGCCGGCAAGAAGGAGCCCCGCCAGCCGCGUGAGCGUCGUGAGCGUGGCCCUCCGGCCGACGGCAUCCCGUCCAAGAAUAAGGUCAUGGUCGCCAACCUGCCCUACGACAUGACUGAGGCCCGCCUUAAGGAGGUCUUCGCUGCGUACGAGCCCUCUUCUGCGAAGAUUGCUCUGCGCCCCAUUCCUCGUUUCAUGAUCAAGAAGCUCCAGGCUCGCAACGAGCCGCGCAAGGGCCGUGGUUUCGGUUUUGUCACCUUGGCAUCGGAGGAGCUGCAGCUGAAGGCUGUUGCCGAGAUGAACGGCAAGCAGAUCGAUAACCGCGAGAUUGCCGUCAAGGUCGCCAUCGACAGCCCCGACAAGACCGACGAUGAUGUUGCUGCUGAGACCCCGGCUGCCGGUGAGACCAACGGCACCGCCACCGAGACCAAGCCCGAUGAGGCUGCUGCCCCCGCUGCUGCCGAGGCCGAGGCUGCCGCCGCUCCGGCCGAUGCCCCUGCUGCCGCUGCCGCCACUCCGGCCGCGGCCUAAUCUAGCCCUAAUAAAGGAUCGCUACGACUACGCACACGGUUUACGAAACGACUUUGAUGGCCACUUGCUGGCGCCCGUCAGCGACCUCGUGUCAUCUCAACCCGAACAGAGCCUCUUGUGCCCGCUGUAUUAUUUGGCUACACUGGAGCUUCUUUCAUUGAAUCGACACGACGCUUGAUGACUCUUUUCUUUACGGAGACUUUUGGGAUGGGAGGGUGACUUUGGGGUGACAAAAAAAAGGUUACUGGCGUCUAUUUACGGUUCAUUUUCACGAUACGACAUUUAGACCUCAGGGACCCUUCUUUUGCUUUGGCUCCAUAUCCUAAUAACCUCUUUUUCUUGAGGCAUCACGUAUUUUUGCCCAUCCUUGCUCUUUGCUCUAAUUUUCUCUUGGAACUCCCCGCGGUGUAUAGUAUGGAUGUGCGGGUGGAAAGACCAAGGGAAGGCAUAUCCUGAGUAGGACUCGCCGUACCGUCAGCGCAGCUUAUCGAGGGUGGUGAAUUUAGCAUGUUGCCAUGGCCAAGAUUCCAACCCAAUAUGGCUGUCAAACACUGCAUCGGAGCUGACUGUUAAGCGAGAGAAGCUCGCCUG